GUGGAAAGCUCCCCGGCGGGUGACAAGGUCCCACGUACUCGGAUUCUUUUCUUUCCUUCAUACAUAGUGAAUUGGGCGGGAGGGAAAAUCUGGCUAACGGUCAGGAAACAGUCAUAGAAGCGGCCUCUACCAUCUCCCUCUCUUCCCUCUCCGACCACUUCCUCCCUCCUUCUCUCCUGGCCCAGACUCGUGGGCGGACUGCCGUUCCCGGAAUUGGGCAAAGAAAACGAGAAAAGGAUAGUAUUGAAGGAGUAACGGAGAGCAGAAAGUUGUAAUGGCUGCACGGGCCGUUACGUUAGCGUCCGUUUCCGCCGUUACCGAGGCAACCCUUUCGUCUGGCGAUGGCGGGAAAAGCAGCUAUGGCGGGAAUUCGAACAUUGUCGAAGCGUCACGUUCGGCCUGCAAAGUUAGCAGGGGCCUACACGUGAGCAGGGUGAAGGUGAGAGUGAGCGGGGAUGCACAGCCGGUAUCCAGGCGACGUUCCGAGCGCCACGUGGCGGCCACUCAAGCUGCCCGGCGGGUUGGUGGUGACGUGGACUGCGUUGGCGGGAUUGCCACAUGGAGGACUGGGAAUGGGACUGGGACUGGGCAUGCGAACGGUAUUUUGACUGGUAGCGACCGUGGGACGUGUGCGACAUGUACGGCCUCGCACGAUACCGCGCUCGUAGGAAGUGUGCGGCAUCCGUCAUAUGUGCGGCCACUGGCUUGUCGCUCGCCGACCUCGACCUCACAUCUGUGGAGGACGAUAGAAAGAGGCAGCAGAAGGACACGUGGUCGCCGACCACUUCAAGUCGUCAACAUUGGCUGG